CCCGGCUCGACCCGCUUCACCUUCCGGACGGGGCGGCAGGUUCCCCGCCUGGGGGUGAUGCUGGUGGGCUGGGGGGGCAACAAUGGGACAACGGUGACAGCAGCUGUGCUGGCCAACAAGCUGGGGCUGUCCUGGAUGACCAAGACAGGGCGCAAGAAAGCCAACUACUAUGGCUCCCUGCUCCAAGCCUCCACCGUCUGCCUGGGCACCAGCCCCACUGGGGAUGUCUACGUGCCUUUCCGGGACCUGCUGCCCAUGGUGCACCCCAACGACAUCAUCUUUGAUGGCUGGGACAUCUCCUCACUGAACCUGGCGGAGGCCAUGAGGCGGGCGGAGGUGCUGGACUGGCCCCUGCAGGAGCAGCUCUGGCCCCACAUGGAGAAGAUGAGGCCUCGACCCUCCAUCUACAUCCCCGAGUUCAUCGCUGCCAACCAGGAGGAGCGGGCGGACAACGUCCUCCGGGGGUCCAUGGCUGAGCAGGUGGAGCAGAUCCGCAGGGACAUCCGGGACUUCAAGGAGACCAGUGGGGUUGACAAAGUCAUUGUCCUCUGGACGGCCAACACGGAGCGUUUCUGUGAUGUGGUGCCCGGGCUCAACGACACCGCGGACAACCUGCUGGGGGCCAUCGAGAGAGGCCUGGAGGUGUCGCCCUCCACGCUCUUCGCCGUGGCCAGCAUCCUGGAGGGCUGUGCCUACAUCAACGGGUCCCCCCAGAACACCUUCGUGCCGGGGGCGGUGGAAUUGGCCGCUCAGCGCCGCGUCUUCAUCUGCGGGGACGACUUCAAGUCGGGUCAGACCAAGCUCAAGUCGGUGCUGGUGGACUUCUUGGUGGGCGCGGGACUCAAGACCACGUCCAUCGUGAGCUACAACCACCUGGGGAACAACGACGGGAAGAACCUCUCGGCCCCGCAGCAGUUUCGCUCCAAGGAGAUCUCCAAGAGCAACGUGGUGGAUGACACGGUGCAGGCCAACCCUGUCCUCUAC